AUGGCAAACGAGCAGCUUGUUAUUCUAAACAAAAAAAGGUUUGACGAUAUACAGGAUCACAUCGAGUUGUCAGACACAGAGACCCCCCAUAUCGAUCUUGUCCUCGACCGUUAUGCUGUUCAGGAUGAUUAUCUUGAAAUUGUGGCAGACGGUCAACGCCUUUUAGCAUCAACGCAACCCGCAGAUCAAUCUACAGGUACCAUAGAUCGUACUUUGGACGUUCAACAGACAAAGCGCAGGGUAAAGUUGCCAGUGGCUACAUUGCCAACCUUUAGCGGUCGUUAUGCAGAGUGGCUUGCUUUUAGGGAUUCCUUUACAUCCUUGAUACAUGAUCAAACGGAUUUAACUAAUGUAGAAAAACUCAAAUAUUUAAAAUCGGCACUCAAAGCUGAUGAAGCACAAAAAAUAUCAGUUUUUUCGAUAACUGAAGAAAAUUAUAAUGGUGCGUGGCAACUCUUAGAAAAAACAUGCCAAGACACACGUAUAAUUAUUUCCCGACAUCUUAGUUUAAUUAUGCGUCUGCCUGUCCAAGAAAAGCAAACCUCCGAAGGUUUAAUUAAGUUAGCUGAUGAUACACAACAACACAUGUUAUCACUAGCUUCAUUAGGCGUAAAGAUCUCAGAAGAAAUUUUAGUUCAAAACAUUGAAGAAAAAUUGCAUAAAACGACAUUAGAAAAAUGGGACGAAACCCUAAAGCGAAACAAAUUCCCUAAACUCGACGAUAUGUUGGAAUUCUUAUACAGAACAGCCACUCGUUUAUCUCAGCGCGAAUUUCAGAAUAAAAGUCUCAGCAAAGACACAAGUAGCACACCAGGUAGUUCUGGAAACCAAAGGAACGCAAAAACAGCUUUCCUAACAUCGACUAUAAAACCAUGCCCGGCUUGUAGAUGCAAGACUCACCCCCUUUUUCGAUGUGAGAAAUUCCGCAGUUUUUCAAUUCCGACAAGAAUUCAAGUUGUGCAAGAUGCCUCACUUUGUCAAAUUCUCACAAGAUCCACAGGAAACAGUGAUCGAUACAUCUCAUUAACGACAAAAAUUCCAAUGAAUCAAUUAAUAACAAGCGCAGUCCUUUAUUCAUUGGAUAAAAAGAGACGACCGAUACGAUAUCGAGCUCUUCUUGACACCUGCUCAUCUACUAACUUCAUAAAGGAGAAAUUAGCCACGGCACUGCGAUUGCCAAAGAAGAGAUGUUCUGUUCCUGUGGGUGCAUUAAAUAACCUAACAACAGUCGCUAAAGCUGUAGUCACAAUAACAAUUCGUUCUUUACAUAGCAGUUAUGAAAGAACACUUAGCUUCCUCACGAUUCCACAGAUAGCUAAAUUAGUACCAAAUGAUAUCAUUCCUCGAGAAGUGAUCAAAAUACCUCCGAAUAUACAACUGGCUGAUCCAACAUUUCAUUUGCCAUCAAAAGUGGACAUGCUUCUUGGAUCUGGACCAUCGUUACCCAUGUUUUGUGGGGGUCAAAUCAUAUUAUCUGAUCGGGCUGGCGAUUUAAUUAUACAAAAAACUGAACUAGGAUUGAUCGCAGGCGAAAAUGUUAAUUCCAUGUCUCUCACAACAUCACGCGCGAUAAAAUGCAAUUUUGCGGAGCUUAGAUCUGAGAUUUCUAAAUUUUGGGAAUUGGAAGAGGGUUUCAGUCAAAUUCAUCUUUCUCCUGAAGAGAUUGCAUGUGAAGAACAUUUUCGUGUUCAUACAACUCGCAAUUAUAUAGGUCGAUACAUAGUAGCAUUACCCUUUCGACAAAAUCAUGAUAGAUUAGGAGAAUCACGAUAUGUAGCCUCAAAACGCCUUAAUAGUCUCGAAGGAAGAUUUAAACAUCAACCCGAACUGAGAAGUCAAUAUUUGGAUGUCAUUGAAGAAUAUUUAACACUCGGUCACAUGUCGCCAAUUCAAGAUCAAGGGGAAUUUGGUUUUUAUUUACCACUUCAUGCGGUAUUUAAGGAAGUUAGUUCAACAACAAGAGUCAGAGUAGUCUUCGAUUGUUCAGCAAAAUCCGAAUCCGGUCUUUCGUUAAACGAUACAUUAAUGGUAGGACCCACAUUACAAGAUGACAUACUAUCGCACAUACAUCGACUCAGGUUCCACAUAUAUAUACUGACAGGCGAUAUUGAAAAAAUGUAUCGACAAUUCGAGAUUCGAGACGAAGACAGAAGGUUUCAAAGAAUUCUGUGGCGGCGCGAUGGAAUAAAUCUUGACUCCCUUCAAUUAUAUAUGGUGACAUUUGGAAUCAGUUCUUCCCCGUUUCUUGCCACACGGGCUAUUAAGCAGUUAAUUAAUGAUGAAGGUCAUCAACAUCCAAAGGCAGCUGUUGUUCUUGAAAGAGAUCUAUAUGUGGAUGAUCUCAUCACAGGAGCAGAAACUAUUGAAGAAGGAGUUCAAAUACGUGAUAGUUUAAUAAAACUGCUUAAUCUUGGUUGUUUAACUAUGCGUCAAUGGGCCUCGAAUGAUAUAAAUCUCUUACGAGGAAUUCCAGACUCUAGCAUCAAUAAAAAAAUCCAAUUUAAUGAUGGUGAAACUUUAAAAACCCUUGGUGUUUCAUGGAACUCCAGUACUGAUAGCAUAAUCUACUCGGUGCACUCUCCCGUACUAAAAUCCAAAAUUACUAAAAGAACGGUACUCUCUGAGCUUGCCAAACUUUUCGAUCCCCUAGGCUUACUAGGCCCAAUCAUAUUAUUCGCAAAAAUAAUCAUGGAGAAACUUUGGGAGUUAAAAGUAGAUUGGGAUGAGUCAUUACCAAAUAACAUACACAAAACAUGGGUGGAAUUUCAUUCGGAAAUAACGCUGCUUAGUGACUUGCACUUUGAAAGGAAGGUAAUCGUGAAUGGAGCCAUUGACGUUCAGCUGCAUGGAUUUUGUGCUGCAAGCGAGAAGGGUUACGGAUCUUUCAUAUAUAUUAAAUCGAAAAAUAGCCAAGAAAACUCUCAAAGGGGGCCUUUACGAGCAUCAGAAAUAAACAAUGCGGAAAAGGCUAUAAUUCGUGCAACUCAAAUCACUCAUUUUGCCGAAGAAAUGAACGAUUUAAAAAUAGGAAGAAGAGUUCACAAAAAGAGAAAAUUAACAUCACUCGAUCCAUUUAUUGAUCGAGACGGAAUAAUCAGGCGCGUCCAUUUAGUAACUUUGGAGUCGAUUAUUGCCGACAUUGCCACCGAAGGUUUCCUAGCUGCUCUACGUAGAUUUACAGCUCGACGUGGAAGGCCUAGUGUCAUAUAUUCCGACAAUGGUUCCAAUUUCAUAGGUGCAAAUAAUGAGCUAAAUGAUAUUAAAUGUUUCUUACAAUCUGAAAUGCACAAUGAAAGGGUUUCUCAUGUCCUUAGUGACCAAGGGGUUGAAUGGAGAUUCAUUUCCCCUUUAUCGCCUCACUUUGGAGGAAUAUGGGAAGCUACGGUUAAGGUAUUCAAACAUCAUUUCAAACGUGUGAUAGGUGAUGUCCUUUUUACCUUUGAAGAACUUAAUACGUUUUCCAUCAAAGUCGAAGCGAUCCUAAAUUCACGCCCUCUCACAUCUAUUUCUUGUGAUCCAAACGACAUGCUUGCUCUCACUCCUGGUCAUUUCAUAAUAGGUGACUCUCUCACAAAUCUACCAGAGGUGGAUCUCACUUCAGCAUCACCUUCCGCACCGGCGCGAUGGCUACACAUACAGAAAAUGCGUCAGCACUUCUGGAGAAGGUGGCACAAGGAGUAUCUCAACGAGUUAAACAUUCGGCAUAAGUGGAAAAAUGGAGAACACCAAAUAAAGGUAGGAUCCAUCGUUCUCCUUAAGGAAGACAACAUUCUACCCAUGCAGUGGCCAAUGGGGCGUGUCAUUGAAACAUUUCCGGGAUCGGAUGGGAUCGUGAGAACUGUCAACGUGAAAACGGCCAAAAUAUCUUCAAACGAAACGUGA